AAAUUUGAAUUUAAUGUAAACAUUUAUUUGCGAAGAUUUUAAUUUUAAGUAUAAAAAGUGAAUAAAGUGUUGUAAAAAUGGAAGACUUCGAUGUAUUUACAAAUGAAAUUAACUUUACAAAACCGUUAUUCAAAAACAUAUUGAAUAAAUAUGUGAACGAUGUGCCUUCAACUCCUAACGGACCGAAUUAUCAAAGUGGUAGGAAACUUAUGGCUGAGGAAUGUCUAGCGAGUAGUGAUGACGUCGGCUGCGCAUUCCAUUUGAGUGAGGCAGCUUCAGCGUCUUUGAGGACCAUGGCUGUUUAUAGAGAUGAGCAGUUGAAGGCCGCUGGUAACAAAUUGCACAAGAUCACAAGUUACAUAGAGCCUGUCCAACACAUGAUAGAUGCUAAUCCUAUACCAAAGAAAGAGAAGAAGCUCCUAGAUCUACUAUCAGAAGGCACAGACAACAUUAGCAAUGUGUUGCAAACUCUAGCAAUAGACAAGGAGGUGCCAUUCCAUAAGAGAUACCUUCAUUUCUCGAAGGAGAACAAUGUCGACAACUUUCAGAAGAUACUGAAAGAGUUACCUAAAGAAUGGACCAUAAUCCAAUUGACUGUUCCCUACAACCCCAAUGAGAACUUGAAGCCGCUCCCGGAGUAUAGGACAGAGGUGGACUCUUUGUACCUGAGUAUGUUCACCAAUGACUACCUGGAGGACGCUGGGCUGGGCCCUAUGACGGUGCAUGUACCUGCUAAUGUUACUAAAGAAGGAGAAAAGCCUCUAUUUACCGAGUUAUUCUCAAUAUUGGACGAGAACUACAAGACUAUAGACAACGCUCAGUUUCUGAACAACAAGCGCCUUGUACAGAACUAUUGGAGCAGGCGGGAGGACAUCGACUUGCGGAUGAAGAGUGUGAUAAAUGUGAUGGACAAGGAGUGGCUGGGCGGCUGGGGGUGCUUGCUGACUGGUAAACUAAUGGACAAGAGCUGGAAGGAGAAGAUCGUCAAAUUGGUCGACAAUGCUAUAUUGGAUUGGGGUUUCAUCAGGCUAACACAAAAACAAAAAAUCUUACUCUACAACCUAAUAGAAUGCAGUCCAGUGUUGCAAUCACAACAAAUUAAAUCCUGUAUCCGAAGAAUAUUGACUGAACAUGGCAACACUGAAGAUGUCAGACAAGUUUUGAAUCCAGAAUGUGGCAGUUGCACCAAGGAGUUUCGAUUUUUAAACGAACUCUGUUUGAAGUGUUUGUCAAAGAGCUUUGAGAAGUUACAUCAUUUUAGUUUAGUCGAUGGUAUCAAGGCGUUUUCUCAAACUGCUUCAGUAGUCAAGGAUGGUGAUGAAUGGACAGGUUUGAAGAAGGCUAAGAGGCAUCCCGUUAUCCUUAUUGUUGAUGAGAGGCUGGACACAUUUCCCUGGGAAACCCUGCCUAUACUGAACCAGCACCCUGUAUCUCGCAUGGAGAACAUCCACUUUCUGUACUACCUGUAUAAAGUGCACGAGAAGAAUAUUGUCGACGGAUACUACGCGGCCAAGUGCGAAGUCGGCAGAUAUGUUAUAAACCCAGAAAAGAACCUCGAUCGCAUGGAGAAUCGUAUGACGUCGUUCGUUGAGUACUGGUGUCCUGGUUGGAAGGGCCAUGUAGGUGAGGCACCGUCGCCUGCAGACUUCAUCUCGCAUAUCAGUGAGGCUGAUGUUUUCUUAUACUGCGGGCACGGCGACGGCUGCCAGCUGGCGGCGGGCGGCGGGGGCGCGGGGGGCGCGGGCGUGGAGGGCGCGGGCGGGGGCGCGCUGGUAUUGCUGGCGGGGUGUGGCUCCGUGCGCCUGCAGCAGCCCGCGCCGCGCGCACCGCCCGCCGCCGCGCACCACCAUCUACACAUCGCUGGCUGCCCAAUGGCGAUAGGGAUGCUAUGGGAGGUAACCGACCUGGAGGUGGACAAGGUGAUCAGCACGUUAGUAUCGCUGUACGUGCCGUCCGACGCGCCAGUACCCUGGCAACAUGUCGGGAAGGCCAAGUGGAGUAAUCGAGUCCUAGACACAUCAGUAGAGAAUGCAGGCGCAGUACCGUCGGAGCGUGAUUUACUCCGCGCAGUGUGUCGAGCGCGGGGCUCGAGUUCCUACGUCAUGAUCGCAUGCAGCGUCGUCGCGAGGGGACUGCCGCUGCGGCUGGGAGAUUGAGCGAUACGGAUCAUUACACGCAGAAGCAGACUGAUAGAAAAGUGUACAUACUAUGCAAUUAGUUAUUAUUUAAUUUGUAAAAUAUAUAUAGUAUAAUACGUU